AUCCCACACCAUAACCCAGAACGGAGCAGCAUUGCGACCUCGAUUUCAAGCCAGCUGAGUGGUUCAACUCAAUACGACAACUCCAGAAGGCCCUCAGAGUAUGGGCAUUCGGAGCCACCAUCGCGCAAGAGAAGCCGCGCUGACGACUUCCAACCGGCCACCCAUGAGUCCCCAAUGUACAACACUAAUCUAACUCUUAAUAUACCUACCAUGAUGGGGUCAAAUGGGCAUCAUUCCUCGAACCUUGUUUCUCCGUUUCAGUUCCGCGCCCCGCAGCUCCCACAAGCAACCUCUACAGACCGGUCACCCCAGAGCGACACCCAGAAGCUUCAGUCACAGCAAGCAUACAGCCCCGCAGAAGCUGCGAACACGAACCAGCAUCACCACCACCGUCUACCGCCCCACUCGCCGACCCUCAAACGAACUAAGCAUGGCGAAGAGGUCUCACCUGUAGGUGACCCAGGACCGCCGAGUAUGGUUGGAAAAGAAGGAAUGCCAGAGCCUGCGCCUAGACCGAAGGGCCCGAAACUCAAGUUCACCCGAGAGGACGACGCGCUGCUCGUCAGACUGAAAGAAACCAAGAACUUGACCUGGAAGCAGAUCGCCGAGUUCUUCCCAGGUCGCAGUGCGGGCACAUUGCAGGUCAGGUACUGCACCAAGCUCAAGGCCAAGACCACUCUGUGGAACGACGAUAUGAUUCAACGUCUUCACACGGCGAUACAAGACUACGACAACGACCGCUGGCGGUUCAUCUCGAGCAAAGUUGGCAGUGGCUUCUCGGCUGCUGCAUGCAAAGCAAAAGCAGAAGAGAUAGAGGCUGAAGGCAUGAGGGAAGACGACGGUGCAUCCUCUGGCUCUGAUGAUGAUCAGCAGGAUGGCGUAGAUGGGGACGGUGUCGAAGAAGAGGAUGCAAAGGGAGGAAUUGAGACAUGA